GGUCCAUUCAAGCGAGCUUUUCAUUUCGUCGUGAUAACUUCAAAACGAGACACGCUCGCGCGCGCGUCCAGCUUGAUGAGCACGCACAGUCGCAGAGAUCGGUUGGUUGGCUAAGAGAUCACCUGCGUAUACUACGGAAAAAAUAUGACAUUAACGGGAAUUCAACAAUACUUGAAAAAUACAAAUAAAUCUAAAAAAUACAAAUAAGUGAAAAAAUUAAAGUAUUUUAAAUCUACGUGAAAUAUUUCAAAAAUAUAAAAAAUAUUUAUAAAUAUUAAGUGAAAUAACAUGAAAACAUGAGUAAUAAUAUAAAAUAGUGUUUAAUUUAAAAGAAGAAAUUAAUUCUAGUGUUUUAAGUCUACGCAACGACCGUAUAGUACAAAGGAUACGCGCUUGUGUCAUAGUCGUAUGUGAACUAAAAAUAAAUAAAUAAUUUUUAUAAAAAUUGUGGCAUAAAGUUUCGCUGUUAGUUGCUCUUUCGCAGGAUAUUUUUAAUAACGGCAUGUUAAUAGAUAUGUUUGUGUGUAUUUCAUAGUUUUUUGCGCUGAAAUUUAUGUGAUUUUUAUUGUAGAAAAUACAAGGAUAUUAUAAUUUAAUAAAUCGCGUUCAAUCUUUGUGAUUUUUUUUUAUAAAAAGUGUUUGCUGUGAAUUCAGUGUGUGUAAAUAAAAUUUUGUAUUAAACAUAAAACCUUUCAACGGAAAACGCUUGGCGAUUGCGCUUGAAAUAUUUUGAGCUGAGCUGCUGUUUUUUUCCACUGACAUUUUAAUCACUAAACUAUGGGGUUACAAAAACACUACCUCAGAUAUGGACGCAGUGCGAGGGAUCACAUAUUGGGUUUGGCGGGCGGAGGGCGACGCAACACGAUUGUGAAAACCACCGGCGAUAAUGGACACAAUGGCCAACAUAGCGGCCAUGGAACACAUCAACAUCAUCACCAUCAUCAUCAUCGAUCCGAUGGUGGGGGUGGUGGUGGCGGUGAACACGGUGGUAUGCCAAAUUUAACCAGCCGCCCCACCCCGCUGUCCAUGUUAAUAUCACAAGGAGCUAAAAUCAAUAACCAUAGACUAGCUGUGAUAAUUAUUGGAAUAGUUACAUUAAUUUUAGGAAUAUUGCUUUCAACAAUACCAUGGUUGGAUUAUUUUAUAUUAAAGAAUUUAAGGCUAUGGAAUGAUACGUUAAGUUAUCAUUACUGGCAGCGACCAGGUGUCGUACGCUUAACUAAAGUUUAUAUAUAUAAUGUUACAAAUCCGGAUGGUUUCCUGCAAGGAGAGAAACCCAGAUUGACGGAAGUGGGUCCAUUUGUUUAUAGAGAAGACAUGCAAAAGGUGAAUAUAAAUUUCUACGAAAAUCAAACAGUGUCAUAUCAGCACAAGAAAAUUCUGCAAUUCGUGCCCGAAUUGAGCAUUGAUAAGAAUACACCGAUAGUCACACCCAAUAUUCCUCUAUUGACGCUUACUAGUCUCAGUCCAAAAUUAGGUUAUCUGCUAUCAAAAACGAUUUCCGUAGUGCUGACCGCAGCGAAAUUUAAACCGUUCAUCAACGUGACUGCCGAUCAGUUGGUGUUCGGCUACGAUGAUGCGCUCGUCAGUUUGGCACAUCGAUUUUAUCCAAAACAUAUGCGUCCAAUGGAGCGAAUGGGACUGCUACUUGGGCGCAAUGGUACACUAACCGAAGUCUCAACUAUUAAAACUGGUCUACAAGGCAUGGAAGAAUUCGGUUACAUAGACCGUCUCAAUGGACUCGAUCACCUGCCUCAUUGGCAUAAGCCACCCUGUAAUCGUAUUGCCGCAUCCGAAGGCUCUUUCUUUCCGCCACGUGAUAUAACAAAAGCCGAUACCGUUUAUGUUUAUGACAAGGAUUUAUGUCGCGUCAUACCUUUACAGUACCAAAGAGGUGUACAGAAGGAUGGUAUUGGCGCUGAUCUGUACAUCUUACCCGAGAACACUUAUGGCGAUUCGUCGAAUAAUCCGGAAAAUGAAUGCUUCGAUACAAACGAUUAUGAACCGAUUAAAGGUCUACAAAACAUAAGCCCUUGCCAGUAUGGCGCUCCUGUCUACAUAUCAAAUCCACACUUUUAUCAAGCCAAUGAGUCGUUAUUACAUUCGGUUGAGGGACUCAAGCCGAAUAAGGACGAGCAUGAAACAUACUUCAAAAUACAAUCGAAAUUGGGUGUACCACUGGAGGGCAAAGUACGCAUUCAACUCAAUCUCAAAGUGACGCGAGCGAAAGACGUGUAUCCAGUUAAGGAUUUUCGAGAUUUCAUGUUUCCUGUUAUGUGGUUGGAAGAGGGCAUCUCCGAGCUUACACCCGCCAUCCGACGUUGGAUCUACUUGGCCACCGUAUUCGCGCCGAUCAUCAUACCGAUCGCCUCGUAUCUGAUGAUAUUCGGCGGCAUACUUGCCAUAGUCUUCGUCUUCGUGCGCGCAUAUCAGAACUUCGUGUUCGCACGCGAUCCCACAUUGGAGAUACUCGAGAUGGGCCGACGCUCGAUAAGGCGUGGCAGCAGCUUCAUUGCGCAGCAUCAACACAAAUUCAUGCAUCGCGAAAGUUAUACGCUGCUGAAGACAGUGCCCGGCGAUUUGUUGGAUGACAAAGAGGACGCGAUACCCAUAAUGACGAACAGUUCAUAGUAUUCCUAACAACACAAACAAAAAAAAAAAACAAAAUUAUGCAAAACCAAAAUGAGUCGAGUUGAGUGUACGGCAGCGCGUUCGAUUGGGUCUCAUGCGUGUUUUAAUUUCGAAUCGAAUUUAGUUUUUAAUUAGUUAGUUGUACAUUUUAAGUGUAAAGUAGGUGUGAAUGAUUUAACUCAAUGUAAAUAUGUGUGAUGUGUGAUGAAAUGGCGUAAAAUCGAAAUCAAGCAACAACAAAAACAUGCAUACAUAUGUGAUCUAAGUUAUUACUUUUGAACGUGUUUGUUGAUUUCUCGGAUAUUUUGUGUGCGUGUGUGUGAGUGUGCGUUGAUUAAUGUUGGUGAGCGCGUGUCUGCGGCCUUUAGUGCGUUUUAGCUCUAAUUCUCCAAAAAUCAAGAAAACAAAAAUUUUAAAAUUACAAUUUAUUGUUAGUAGAGUAUAUAUAUUUAUACAUAUAUAUGUAUGUAUUUAUCGAUAAUAUGGUGUUUAGCUUUCUUCUUCUUCUUCCUAUACUUAUAAUCAUCUUAUACAAAUUUGUGAAAUUCCAGGGUUAGUGGUAAAUUUAGUUUAACUGUAAGCAUGUACACAUUUACAAAAACAAAUACACAAACAUUUGGAAUUAAUAUAUUUUUAGAAACAUAAUUGUAAUGACAG